GUGUCCCGUCUACAGAUGCAUGGACAAAGUAGAACCAGAUCGACAAUGUUCCAGCGUCGAUAGAGCAAAAUACAAAGGCAGCGAGUUCUGUGGCGUGUUUGACCCAGAGGGACAAUCGCCGUUCGCCCGUGUUGUGGUGGGUAGUUCGGACCCUUCAGUGGUCGCUGUGAACAAAGACCGCCUCAACACUCUGCUAGAAGAAUGUGUGCUGGAUCACUGCUGGGAGACAAAGUUUGAGUUUGGUCGCUGCUUCGAAAUGGAAACUUCCAUCGAAGAAAUCUUCCAAGAAUUAGAUAUAGUGAACACGCGUAAAAUGGACUUUGAAUGGCGUGCAUACGCGGGCUGUGAAAAGUCAGAGGAGGUACGAUGUGCGGACAAACCUCACACCCACUACGAAUCGAGCUACUUGAUCAAAUGUCAGCCCACCUGCUCCACGGCGGAAAAUCCUGAGCCCUGUUCUGAGUUUGUGACGGGUUCUGGGUGUGUCUGUGACGAAGGCUUUUUCCUCAACACCGAGCUGCAGUGUGUGCCGCUAGAAGAGUGUAAGAAACAAUGUACAGUGGAGAUGGAAGAUGGAGAAACACUCGCUCUCAAGGACGGAGAGAUGCUGGUGGUCAAGCCGUGUGCCAAGACGGUCAAGUGUGAGGGAGGACAGGUCCUGGAGCAGGUCAUCCCAGGAUGUUCAGCAAAUGAACAAUGUAGUCCUGACGGCAUGCAGUGUUACCAUGUAAAAGACCUUUUAUGUUAUAUGAAGGUCUUUGUCUUCUGGUUCAAAGAGGGGUUGCAAGAGAGAUCAUUUUUCUUCGGUGGGAGUCGAUUGUUCCACAACGUUCUAGACAUCUCAGACAGACCAGACACUGAGAGCACACGGGUAUGGAGCUUGGCAAGGGACCUGGCCGGUCAGCUAGAGGUCAGCCAAGGUGAUAUAGUCAAGGCUUUCAGGAGAUUCAGCGGACAGGCUUCUGAUGAAGAUCUGAAGAUUGACACGCCAACUUCCAAGAUGUGUCUGAGCUUUAAUUUCCUCAAUGACAAGGGUGUUGAGUUCGUUGAUUUGACAGACUAUGCUGAAGACCGUAAUGUCAUCUGGAGCCCCUGGAUAAGUGUCGGCAAAGCAGGAUUCGGAGAUGUGGAAUCGCUGAGUGUAAUCGUAAACAACCACAACAAAGGCACCCUUGACAAAGUGUACGGGCCGCAGUGUGUGGCUGUACGGCCAGUGAAGACGGGCAAGGAGGUCAUUGGUAUUGGUACAUGUACUCAGGACGGCGUCAAGUACGACAUGCACCAGUGCGCUUCUCGAGGCGACCCGCAUUACUUAACCCUGGACGGCGUGAAAUACAACUUCCAGGGCAAAUGCAGCUACACGUUGGUGCAAAUCUGCAACUCCUUCUCUGAAAGCGACAGUUUUCCGACGUUCAGUAUUGUGUCUUCAAAUGAGAAGAGGAGGCCCAGUGAUCAUGUGGCCUUCACCAGAGGAUUUGAGCUCUCUGUGAGAGGAACGAUCUACACAUUCAGGAGAGGAACGCUUAAAGUCAAUGGCCUUGAGAGACACUCUUUAAACUACAAAGAUAACAACAUCAAGAUUACGGCAGAGAAUAAGGGCAGAAUGCCUAAACUGACGAUUGACACCGACUUCUGUCUUCAGAUCCUAUGGGAUAAUCGAAUGCAUCUGUAUAUCAACGUCCCAAGUGUUUACAGGAACCACACGUGUGGACUUUGUGGCAACUAUGACGGGAACACAAAGAACGAAUUUGUCCUACCGGGCGAGGACAGACCAAGAAAAGGGCACUUCUUCAAACAUUAUAAUGCGCCUGAUGAUUCUGGCAAACCCACAUGCAUGGACAAAGUAGAACCAGAUCGACAAUGUUCCAGCGUCGAUAGAGCAAAAUACAAAGGCAGCGAGUACUGUGGCGUGUUUGACCCAGAGGGACCAUCCCCGUUCGCCCGUGUUGUGGUGGGUAGUUCGGACCCUUCAGUGGUCGCUGUGAACAAAGACCGCCUCAACACUCUGCUAGAAGAAUGUGUGCUGGAUCACUGCUGGGAGACAAACUUUGAGUUUGGUCGCUGCUUCGAAAUGGAAACUUCCAUUGAAGAAAUCUUCCAAGAAUUAGAUAUAGUCAACACUCGUGAAAUGGACUUUGAAUGGCGUGCAUAUGCGGACUGUGAAAAGUCAGAGGAGGUGAGAUGUGCACACAAACCUCACACCCACUACGAAUCGAGCUACUUGAUCAAAUGUCAGCCCACCUGCUCCACGGCGGAAAAUCCUGAGCCCUGUUCUGAGUUUGUGACGGGUUCUGGGUGUGUCUGUGACGAAGGCUUUUUCCUCAACACCGAGCUGCAGUGUGUGCCGCUAGAAGAGUGUAAGAAACAAUGUACCGUGGAGAUGGAAGAUGGAGAAACCCUCGCUCUCAAGGACGGAGAGAUGCUUGUGGUCAAGCCGUGUGCCAAGACGGUCAAGUGUGAGGAAGGACAGGUCCUGGAGCAGGUCAUCCCAGAAUGUUCAGCAAAUGAACAAUGUAGUCUUGACGGCACGCAGUGUGUCAGUGAGCCUUCCGCGCCCUGUCGUCCCCCGUUUAAGGAUGUGGCGGGUAUGUGUCUGCACGGGACCGGACGCAAUGAACGGAACUAUGUUCGCGCUUACAAGGCUUGCGAAAAGAUGGGCGGAAAACUCUUGUCCCUGGAGCAGCCCUUCGGAAUGAUACAAAAGCUGAAGGGAGUGAAACGCAAUGAAGGUAGAACAUACUUUAUCGGUGGCUGCCCCAAGUUCGAGGACGUGCUCGCCCUCGGUAUGGAGGACGACAGGGAGAGCUUCCUUCUUUGGACGUUUACUCUGAACGCCUUGGAAAAGUACCAGGUCGAAGAGAGAGAUCUGGCUGUGGCGUUCAGACGUUUCAGCGGAAAGGCUUCCCUGGAAGACCUGAACCUGGGAACACCCAUGACCUCUUUGUGCCUGGCCCUUGACUUCACUACUGACGAAGUUCUCACCUUUAUCAAAUGCGAGACGAAACAGAAAUUCAUCUGCGAACAAGUUGCUGAAGGAGAUCGUGACAUGUUCUGGUCCCCUUGGAUCAACCUGGACAAAGGGAAACACGGCAACGAAGAGUCACUUUUCACCGCCAUUAGGGAAUACAACAAAGGAAACCUGAACAUCCCUGACUUGCGGCUUUGCCCUGAACCACUAGCUAUGGAGUGUCGCGACAGUGACACCAAAGAGCUCUACUCCCCACAAAAUAGACAUGGACUCGUACUAAGGAAAGCCUGUAAAGACAACAGAAUUCAUUGCAUCAACAAGAAGCAGAAAAAUGGAAAAGCCUGUCCCGACUUCGAAGUGAGAUUCAAGUGCAUUUCUGCUUACGAGCUGGAUUGUGGACACACGUUGGUCCGUAACGAAUGCGAGAAGAGGAAGAAAGAGUGCAAAAUGACACCGUACGGUGCUAUUUGUGAAAGGCCACCGCCAAGAAAAACAGGGAACGAGAAGAUUGGUUCUGGCACUUGCACGAUGAAUGGAGUGGACUAUGAGGUGCACCAGUGCGCUUCCCGGGGUGACCCCCAUUACCUCACUCUGGACGGUAAGAGAUACGACUUCCAGGGUCGGUGCGCCUACAAUUUCAUCUCAACUUGCAACGCCUACGUUGCGAGCGAAGAUUUCCCAGCUUUCAGUGUGAUGUCUAUGAACAUCCACAAAAAACCUACUGACCGUGUGACCUUCACAAAAGGUUUUGAACUCAUGAUCAACGGCACACGAUAUACGUUCAAAACAGAAAACAGAUUCCAAGUUGACGGCCUGGACAGAAACACGCUGGAGUUCAAAGAUGACAUCAUCGAAAUCAUCAGCCAGAUGAAGGGCGACACUGCCAAGCUGACCAUCAACACCCAGUUCUGUAUGCAGAUUAUUUGGGACAACAGGAUGAUGCUCUACGUACGUUGCUGCUGCUCCUGUUUGUUCUUAUGUUGA